AUGCUACCACACCACUUACCAUCGAUCUUGAGCAUCCGACCGAGCAUAAUGGGAACACAAGACUCCUAUAUCUGGCUCCCAUCAAAAACAGGUGACUACACAGCAAAAACCGGAUACCACAUAGCCCGAUCCCUGCUAGAGAAACCUGCAGACAACCAUCUUUCAACAAUCAAUUGGAAUGCAGACAUAUGGCUAGGUCAAUUCUCACUAAAGCUCAAGAUUUUUCUAUGGAAGAUCACUCAAAAAGCGUUACCUACGGGAGAGAAUCUACUCAAUAGAGGUUUGUUUGAUAGUGUAUGCUGCAUCCAUUGUGGGGAGCUUGAAACAACUGAACAUCUCUUUUUUCUCUGUGAGUAUGCACGGAAAGUAUGGGCUCUUGCACCCUUCUCAAGAGCUGUUGACUUAUCUUCGGUGAGCUUUGAAGCUUCGCUUAAAACCCUGAAGAGCCUUGUUUGCCUGCCACCAACCGGAAUCAGCUCCGGCUCUUUCUUCCCGUGGAUUUGUUGGACUAUUUGGUCAGCCCGUAACUACCACAUCUUCGAAGAAAGACUCUUCCCACCCGAGGAAACAAUCCUUAAAGCAAUCAAGGAUGCGCGGGAGUGGCAUGAGGCCCAAAUAAAAGUAGAGAAUCAACCUCCGGUCAGACUCUUCUCCAAUCCCCAUCAGCGACUUCACCCGGAAACAAUUCUCUGCUACACCGACGGAUCGUGGAAGAGUGAAAGCGAGAUAGCAGGAGCGGCAUGGAUCUUCACUACACAGGACGAUACACAAAUCGCCUCCGGAACAACGGCCGAAGCUUUUGCCCCAUCCCCACUCACAGCAGAAGCCAUCGCCAUCAGAUCUGCACUAAUCCAAGCCCUGGAGAUGAAUUUCCUCCACCUACAGAUCAAAUCAGACGCUCAGGAUUUACUCCGAGCCAUAACAUCGCGAGAGAAAAUCAAGGAAAUCCAUAGUCUCCUAUCUGAUAUAACUUCUCUAGCACAGUUAUUUACCUCUAUCUCUUUCCGUUUUAUCCCGAGAUCGGAGAAUUCGAAGGCGGAUUCGCUUGCAAAAUCAGCUGCAUGCGAUUUCGUUGUUGGUCUCUUGGAACCGCUUCAUUUCCAUCAACUUUGA